CAUAAUAUAAUAUCUUAUUACAUGACGUUUUAUCAAUUCUCACAUAUGAUUAAAAAUCAAAGAUUAUUUUUUGAAUAAAAAUGGGAGAUUUAAAAGCAACUACAAUAAAAGAUGCAUUAAAAAGUUGGGAAGAUGAAAAUAAGGAAUCAGCAAGUGAAGCUACAAAUAUUUGUUUACAAUUUCAAUGGCCACCAAUUGAAAAAAUGGAUAAUAAUUUAUCUGUUAUAACUAAAUGCGAGAAAUUAUCAUUAAGUACAAAUAUGAUUGAAAAAAUAAACGGUUUAGCUGCUUUAAGGCACUUAAAAAUUUUAUCAUUGGGACGAAACUAUAUUAAGGCUUUUACUGGACUUGAACCGUUGGCCGAUACUUUAGAAGAAUUAUGGAUAUCUUAUAACUUUAUUGAAAAAAUGAAAGGUGUUCUAGGCAUGCGUAAACUUAAAGUUUUACACAUGUCCAAUAAUAAUGUUAAAGAAUGGGCAGAAGUAAAUAAGCUUGCAGAAAUGGAAAGUCUAAAAGACUUUUUAUUUGUCGGAAAUCCACUUUACGACUGUUUGGAUGAAUCUGUAUGGCGUAGUGAUUGUAUUAGAAAGCUUCCUAAACUAGUAAUAUUGGACGGAGUACCAAUCAUAAGGGAUUAAAAACAUCUCAGUUGAAAACAAUUAAGUCUAAAUUUACUAGGAACCAUUUAAUUUUUGAACAAAUCGUCUAGAUGGAUCAUAUUAUUUCAAAAUGCCAUACAC